AUGCGUCCGUUGUUCUGGAGCAUCCUCUGUCUCGGCCUCGUUACCGCAGCCGAAUUCGUGGCCGCGGGCAGAGCCACCAGAUCUCUGGCAUUCCGGAAGGGCAGCUCCUUUUUCUACAGGGUGAAUUACAAGGUCACUUUGUUCCCGCAGACGACAAUCUUCGCUCAAGCGGCCGGUUUCAAGAUGGUGUGGGAGCUUCCUGCCGGCACGGGUCGGACAGGUAGGUCCAUCUCCGACGUUCACGAGGCGGCAGAGCUCGUCUACGAAAGCCACGGAUUCGACGGGAAGUCCUGCCUACUCAAAAACGUCUGCCAGGCCAUGGAAUACGUGAGUCGAAAAGACGGAGUCGUGGCGAAGAUAUUAAAGUUACUUAUCGGAUCGUACGGAAAUAACAGCAGUUCUUCGGAGGAGUCGGUUUACUGCGACGUGCACGACAGGAAUUGUCCCCUCCAGUUAAUUGGAAUUGAUAGCUUCGUCGAUCAAUGA